AGAAUGUUGGAUGUUGCAGUUCUGCUGCUGACAACUCUGGAGGAGAUGAACCCAAAUGAGUUGAGGAGAUUUCAGUCUUACCUGACAAGUGGCCAGCUGUUUGGCUUUCCUCUCAUCCCAGAAGGCCAGCUGGAGAACGCUGACAAACAGGUCACAGUGGAUCAUAUGGUGAAGACAUACGCCCCUAAUAGAGCUGUGGAGAUCACACUGAGGAUCCUGAGGUGGAUGGACCAGAAUGAUCUGGCAGAGAAGUUAGAGAGAGAUUACAGUGGAGGUAACAUAGCAAGAAUGUACAUCGAUCUAUCCAUCACAAUCACAGUUCAGUGGAGGUCUAACCAGAAAGAACAUUCAACUGACUUCAUAAUAACAUUCAGCAGGCCUCUCUUUUAUCAUUUUUAUUAAUGAUGUAUCCAGGUGACCCCAUUAUGUUUAAACAGCAAUCCAACAUUCAUUAUAUUCCAUACAUACAAUCACCAAUACAGUAGGGAAGAUAUCACAAACAGAUUAGACUUUCUAAUCAUGGCUGUAUGUCUCUUCCUGAGCUGCCUAAUCUGGAAGAUGAACCAGAAUGAUCUGGCAGAGAAGUUAGAGAGAGAUCAGAGAAGUAGGAUUGUAGACAAGGACCCUAACUGUCUCUCUAUCCCCCCUCCUAUCUUCCCCUCUACAGUGAUGUGAAACAAGUAUUUGAUCCUCUGCUGAUUUUGUACGUUUGCCCACUGACAAAGAAAUUAUCAGUCUAUAAUUUUAAUGAUAGGUUUAUUUGAACAGUGAGAGACAAAAUAACAACAAAAAAAUCCAGAAAAACACAUGUAAAAAAUGUUAUAAAUUGAUUAGCAUUUUAAUGAGGGAAAUAAGUAUUUGACCCCUCUGCAAAACAUGACUUAGUACUUGGUGGCAAAACCCUUGUUGGCAAUCACAGAGGUCAGAUGUUUCUUGUAGUUGGCCACCAGGUUUGCACACAUCUCAGGAAGGACUUUGUCCCACUCCUCUUUGCAGAUCUUCUCCAAGUCAUUAAGUUUUCGAGGCUGACGUUUGGCAACUUGAACCUUCAGCUCCCUUCACAGAUUGUGGCUAGGCCACUCCAGGACCUAAAUAUGCUUCUUCUUGAGCCACGGCUUUGUUGCCUUGGCCAUGUGAUUUGGGUCAUUGUCAUGCUGGAAUACCCAUCCACAACCCAUUUUCAAUGCCCUGGCUGAGGGAAGGAGGUUCUCACCCAAGAUUUGAUGGUACAUGGCCCCGUCCAUCGUCCCUUUGAUGUGGUGAAGUUGUCCUGUCCCCUUAGCAGAAAAACACCCCCAAAGCAUAAUGUUUCCACCUCCAUGUUUGACGGUGGGGAUGGUGUUCUUGGGGUCAUAGGCAGCAUUCCUCCUCCUCCAAACACAGCGAGUUGAGUUGAUGCCAAAUAGCUCGAUUUUGGUCUCAUCUGACCACAACAUUUUCAUCCAGUUCUCCUCUGAAUCAUUCAGAUGUUCAUUGGCAAACUUCAGACGGGCAUGUAUAUGUGCUUUCUUGAGCAGGGGGACCUUGCGGGCGCUGCAGGAUUUCAGUCCUUCACGGCGUAGUGUGUUACCAAUUGUUUUCUUGGUGACUAUGGUCCCAGCUGCCUUGAGAUCAUUGACAAGAUCCUCCCGUGUAGUUCUGUGCUGAUUCCUCACCGUUCUCAUGAUCAUUGCAACUCCACAAGGUGAGAUCUUGCAUGGAGCCCCAGGCCGAGGGAGAUUGACAGUUCUUUUGUGUUUCUUCCAUUUGCGAAUAAUCGCACCAACUGUUGUCACCUUCUCACCAAGCUGCUUGGCGAUGGUCUUUGUUACGAACCCUGUGGCUUUAAAAGUCUAGGGUGGAUGGAAAAGAGACCCGUAACAUAAUUCAUGCAAAUUAGAAUCGUGACAUGGAAACAGUGAACAAAAAAUACACCGACAACCAUAAACUACCAUCAAACAUAAAAUGUUUAUUUUGAACACACGGUAAAGGUUUGGGAAAAAGGGCUGAGCAGGACCCAAGGAAUGAAACAAUAAUGUAAAAAAAAACUAAACUGAUCUUGCCUGCCUCAAGAACCGCUAAGCUACUGCCAACCAUACAAAAAUACAGUGGGUGGUCCGCUCAGAUCUAACUAGUGUUUUUAGACAAUGUUCUUCCUACGGGUAAUGUACGCCCAAGGGCAACUUGCUUAAAUCCCCCUUUUCCCAGAAACACACAACAUAGUUACCAAACAGAGUAACCAGCAAAUGAGUGAGUACACAAAACACCACAGUAUCCAUACUCACAUACGGAAAAUAGUCUCUCAACAAACCCAACUGACUGGCUUUUAAAACAAUGGGAGGUUUGAGUGAAAAACCAGAAACAGGUGGUGCAAUACAGAGGAAUGUCCACUGAUUGGUCCACCUCAGCAAUCAGCAGACAACCGGAUGUCGGACAGGUGGGACACCCCAACGACCACCAAUCAGGAACAUAAAGGACACCUGUGAUUAGGGCAGAAGGAGAGGAAAAACACACACAGGAUACCUGUAUCCGUAACAGUCUUGUAGCCCAUUCCAGCCUUGUGUAGGUCUACAAUCUUGUCCCUAACAUCCUUGGAGAGCUCUUUGGUCUUGGCCAUGGUGGAGAGUUUGGAAUCUGAUUGAUUGAUUGCUUCUGUGGACAGGUGUCUUUUAUACAGGUAACAAACUGAGAUUAGGAGCACUCCCUUUAAGAGUGUGCUCCUAAUCUCAGCUCGUUACCUGUAUAAAAGACACCUGGGAGCCAGAAAUCUUUCUGAUUGAGAGGGGGUCAAAUACUUAUUUCCCUCAUUAAAAUGCAAAUCAAUGUAUAACAUUUUUGACAUGCGUUUUUCUGGAUUUUUUUGUUGUUAUUCUGUCUCUCACUGUUCAAAUAAACCUACCAUUAAAAUUAUAGACUGAUCAUUUCUUUGUCAGUGGGCAAACGUACAAAAUCAGCAGGGGAUCAAAUACUUUUUUCCCUCACUGUAUUUCCCCUGUUUCCACCUCUUUCCAGCUCUGCUGCUGACCACUCUGGAGGAGUUCACUGGAGAACAGCUGAAGACAUUUCAGUCUAAACUGACUAGUGUCCAGCUGCCUGGCUUUUCUCCCAUCCCAGAGAGACAGCUGGAGAACGCUGUCAGACAGAACAUAGUGGGUCAGAUGGUGAAGAGACACGACUCUGAGGGAGCUGUGGAGAUCACGCUCCGGAUCCUGAGGAGGAUGAAUCUGGAUAAUCUGGCAGAGAAGUUAGAGAGAGAUUACAGACACAGAAGAGGUAACACCGUAAAACUGUGUUAAGAAAAUGUAUCAUAAACGUUCCUUCAAACAAAGACAACAUGAUUUAAAUGAAUAAUUGUUGAUGAACAGGACAAUGUAAUAUGACAAUUAUACUGUUAUCUCUCUUCACUUCCUCUUCUAUACCUGUAUCUACCACAGAAACAUCAGACGCUGUCAGUGAUGAAGGGAGUGAAAAUAAACAUUAUCGGAGGAAGUGGCAUAGGGCACUGGUAAUGAAGGUAAGACUAGUAGCCAUGUCUGAGAGGUCAAAUGUCAUUGCGAACAAACCACAUAUAGAUCACAGCCACAUGCAGUCUGAAGUGUGUGUGAGUGAGUGCUCACUGUCAUAGUCAGUUCUACAGUUCUACCCUCAUAUGUUAAAACACCUGUACUCACUGUCAUAGUCAGUUCUACACUUCUACCCUCAUAUGUUAAAACACCUGUACUCACUGUCAUAGUCAGUUCUACAGUAUGAAAUGAUACAGUCCACACAUACAGUCUAGAUAAUGAACUAAUCUGUCAGGUAAACUAUGAGGGGUGGGGGUCAGGCUGUAACACACACACCAAACAAGCCAUGAAUAUAUUCCUGUACCAUGUUGUGUGUUUGUAUGUGUGUGUGGCUAUGUUCAUGUUCUUUAUAUCAGUAGCCAAUAUUUCUAUCCUUUUAUUUAUAUCUUGUCAUCUUGUUAUUUUAGAGACCCUUCGUGUUGGAUAUACCAGCUCUGCUGCUGACCACUCUGGGAAAGCUCAGUGAAAAACAGCUGAAGAGAUUUCUGUGCUUCCUGACUAGUGGCCAGCUGCCUGGCUUUCCUCCCAUCCCAGAGAGACAGCUGCAGAACGCUGACAGACAGGUCACAGUGGAUCAUAUGGUGAAGACAUACGCCCCUGAGAGAGUUGUGGAGAUCACACUGAGGAUCCUGAGGUGGAUGGACCAGAAUGAUCUGGCAGAAAAAUUACUGCGCGAUCACACUAGAGGUAACAUAGCAAGAAUGUACAUCAAUCUAUACAUCACAGUUCAGUGUAGGUCUAACCAGAAAGAACAUUCAACUGACUUCAUAAUAACAUUCAGCAGGCCUCUCUUUUAUCAUUUUUAUUCAUGAUGUAUCCAGGUGACCCCAUUAUGUUUAAACAGCAAUCCAACAUUCAUUAUAUUCCAUAUAUACAAUCACCAAUACAGUAGGGAAGAUUUCACAAACAGAUUAGACUUUCUAAUCAUGGCUGUAUGUCUCUUCCUGAGCUGCCUAAUCUGGAAGAUGAACCAGAAUGAUCUGGCAGAGAAGUUAGAGAGAGAUCAGAGAAGUAGGAUUGUAGACAAGGACCCUAACUGUCUCUCUAUCCCCCCUCCUAUCUUCCCCUCUAUUUCCCCUGUUUCCCCCUCUUUCUCAGGUACUGCCUCAACCUCUCCCCUGUGCGGGUACCCUCCACGUCCCCCCUUCCUCUACCCUGGCUCGUCCGAGGAGGUGUUGUCGUUAACUUCUCCUGGUAGCUCAGGACAGCUCAGGUCACAGGUAAGAGGACGGUUAGAGAAAUGUAGGAUCACUUCUACCCUCAUAUGUUAAAACACCUGUACUCACUGUCAUAGUCAAUUCUACCCUCAUAUGUUAAAACACCUGUACUCACUGUCAUAGUCAGUUCUACACUUCUACCCUCAUAUGUUAAAACACCUGUACUCACUGUCAUAGUCAGUUCUACAGUUCUACCCUCAUAUGUUAAAACACCUGUACUCACUGUCAUAGUCAGUUCUACAGUAUGAAAUGAUACAGUCCACACAUACAGUCUAGAUAAUGAACUAAUCUGUCAGGUAAACUAUGAGGGGUGGGGGUCAGGCUGUAACACACACACCAAACAAGCCAUGAAUAUAUUCCUGUACCAUGUUGUGUGUUUGUAUGUGUGUGUGGCUAUGUUCAUGUUCGUUAUAUCAGUAGCCAAUAUUUCUAUCCUUUUAUUUAUAUCUUGUCAUCUUGUUAUUUUAGAGACCCUUCGUGUUGGAUAUACCAGCUCUGCUGCUGACCACUCUGGGAAAGCUCAGUGAAAAACAGCUGAAGAGAUUUCUGUGCUUCCUGACUAGUGGCCAGCUGCCUGGCUUUCCUCCCAUCCCAGAGAGACAGCUGCAGAACGCUGACAGACAGGUCACAGUGGAUCAUAUGGUGAAGACAUACGCCCCUGAGAGAGUUGUGGAGAUCACACUGAGGAUCCUGAGGUGGAUGGACCAGAAUGAUCUGGCAGAAAAAUUACUGCGCGAUCACACUAGAGGUAACAUAGCAAGAAUGUACAUCAAUCUAUACAUCACAGUUCAGUGGAGGUCUAACCAGAAAGAACAUUCAACUGACUUCAUAAUAACAUUCAGCAGGCCUCUCUUUUAUCAUUUUUAUUCAUGAUGUAUCCAGGUGACCCCAUUAUAUUUAAACAGCAAUCCAACAUUCAUUAUAUUCCAUAUAUACAAUCACCAAUACAGUAGGGAAGAUUUCACAAACAGAUUUUCUAAUCAUGGCUGUAUGUCUCUUCCUGAGCUGCCUAAUCUGGAAGAUGAACCAGAAUGAUCUGGCAGAGAAGUUAGAGAGAGAUCAGAGAAGUAGGAUUGUAGACAAGGACCCUAACUGUCUCUCUAUCCCCCUCCUAUCUUCCCCUCUAUUUCCCCUGUUUCCCCCCUUUCCAGCUCUGCUGCUGACCACUCUGGAGGAGUUCACUGGAGAACAGCUGAAGACAUUUCAGUCUGACCUGACUAGUGGCCAGCUGGCUGACUUUCCUCCCAUCCCAGAGAGACAGCUGGAGAACGCUGUCAGACAGAACACAGUGGAUCAUAUGGUGAAGAGAUACGACUCUGAGGGAGCUGUGGAGAUCACGCUCUGGAUCCUGAGGAGGAUGAAUCUGGAUAAUCUGGCAGAGAAGUUAGAAAGAGAUUACAGACACAGAAGAGGUAACACCGUAAAACUGUGUUAAGAAAAUGUAUCAUAAACGUUCCUUCAAACAAAGACAACAUGAUUUACAGUGAGGGAAAAUAGUAUUUGAUCCCCUGCUGAUUUUGUACGUUUGCCCACUGACAAAGAAAUGAUCAGUCUAUAAUUUGAAUGGUAGGUUUAUUUGAACAGUGAGAGACAGAAUAACAACAAAAAAAAUCCAGAAAAAUGCAUGUCAAAAAUGUUAUAAAUUGAUUUGCAUUUUAAUGAGGGAAAUAAGUAUUUGACCCCUCUGCAAAACAUGACUUAGUACUUGGUGGCAAAACCCUUGUUGGGAAUCACAGAGGUCAGACGUUUCUUGUAGUUGGCCACCAGGUUUGCACACAUCUCAGGAGUGAUUUUGUUCCACUCCUCUUUGCAGAUCUUCUCCAAGUCAUUAAGGUUUCGAGGCUGACGUUUGGCAACUCGAACCUUCAGCUCCCUCCACAGAUUUUCUAUGGGAUUAAGGUCUGGAGAAUGGCUAGGCCACUCCAGGACCUUAAUGUGCUUCUUCUUGAGCCACUCCUUUGUUGCCUUGGCCGUGUGUUUUGGGUCAUUGUCAUGCUGGAAUACCCAUCCACAACCCAUUUUCAAUGCCCUGGCUGAGGGAAGGAGGUUCUCACCCAAGAUUUGACGGUACAUGGCCCCGUCCAUCGUCCCUUUGAUGCGGUGAAGUUGUCCUGUCCCCUUAGCAGAAAAACACCCCCAAAGCAUAAUGUUUCCACCUCCAUGUUUGACGGUGGGGAUGGUGUUCUUGGGGUCAUAGGCAGCAUUCCUCCUCCUCCAAACACGGCGAGUUGAUUUGAUGCCAAAUAGCUCGAUUUUGGUCUCAUCUGACCACAACACUUUCACCCAGUUCUCCUCUGAAUCAUUCAGAUGUUCAUUGGCAAACUUCAGACGGGCAUGUAUAUGUGCUUUCUUUAGCAGGGGGACCUUGCGGGCGCUGCAGGAUUUCAGUCCUUCACGGCGUAGUGUGUUACCAAUUGUUUUCUUGGUGACUAUGGUCCCAGCUGCCUUGAGAUCAUUGACAAGAUCCUCCCGUGUAGUUCUGGGCUGAUUCCUCACCGUUCUCAUGAUCAUUGCAACUCCACGAGGUGAGAUCUUGCAUGGAGCCCCAGGCCGAGGGAGAUUGACAGUUCUUUUGAGUUUCUUCCAUUUGCGAAUAAUCACACCAACUGUUGUCACCUUCUCACCAAGCUGCUUGGCGAUGGUCUUGUAGCCCAUUCCAGCCUUGUGUAGGUCUACAAUCUUGUCCCUGACAUCCUUGGAGAGCUCUUUGGUCUUGGCCAUGGUGGAGAGUUUGGAAUCUGAUUGAUUGAUUGCUUCUGUGGACAGGUGUCUUUUAUACAGGUAACAAGCUGAGAUUAGGUGCACUCCCUUUAAGAGUGUGCUCCUAAUCUCAGCUCGUUACCUGUAUAAAAGACACCUGGGAGCCAGAAAUCUUUCUGAUUGAGAGGGGGUCAAAUACUUAUUUCCCUCAUUAAAAUGCAAAUAAAUUUAUAACAUUUUUGACAUGCGUUUUUCUGGAUUUUUGUUGUUGUUAUUCUGUCUCUCACUGUUCAAAUAAACCUACCAUUAAAAUUAUAGACUGAUCACUUCUUUGUCAGUGGGCAAACGUACAAAAUCAGCAGGGUAUCAAAUACUUUUUUCCUUCACUGUAAAUGAAUAAUUGUUGAUGAACAGGACAAUGUAAUACGACAAUUAUACUGUUAUCUCUCUUCACUUCCUCUUCUAUACCUGUAUCUACCACAGAAACAUGGUGGAGCAACUCAUCAGACGCUGACAGUGAUGAAGAGAGUGAAAAUAAACUUUAUUGGAGGAAGUGGCAUAGGGCACUGGUAAUGAAGGUAAGACUAGUAGCCAUGUCUGAGAGGUCAAAUGUCAUUGUGAACAAACCACAUAUAGAUCACAGCCACAUGCAGUCUGAAGUGUGUGUUAGUGAGUGCUCACUGUCAUAGUCAGUUCUACCCUCAUAUGUUAAAACACCUGUACUCACUGUCAUAGUCAGUUCUACCCUCAUAUGUUAAAACACCUGUACUCACUGUCAUAGUCAGUUCUACACUUCUACCCUCAUAUGUUAAAACACCUGUACUCACUGUCAUAGUCAGUUCUACAGUAUGAAAUGAUACAGUCCACACAUACAGUCUAGAUAAUGAACUAAUCUGUCAGGUAAACUAUGAGGGGUGAGGGUCAGGCUGUAACACACACACCAAACAAGCCAUGAAUAUAUUCCUGUACCAUGUUGUGUGUUUGUAUGUGUGUGUGGCUAUGUUCAUGUUCUUUAUAUCAGUAGCCAAUAUUUCUAUCCUUUUAUUUAUAUCUUGUUAUUUUAGAGACCCUUCGUGUUGGAUAUACCAGCUCUGCUGCUGACCACUCUGGGAAAGCUCAGUGAAGAAGCGCUGAUGGAUUUUCAGUGUGAGCUACGUAGAGGCCUUGACUUUCCAUAUCAGUUUACUUCCCAUCCUUUCAAUCCGAGGAGCCAGCUGGAGAACGCUGACAGACAGGUCACAGUGGAUCAUAUGGUGGAGAGAUUUCAUCCUGAGAGAGCUCUGGAGGUCACAGUGGAUUUCCUGAGGAGGAUGAAUCUAGAUGAUCUCAUGGAAAAGUUAAAGAGAGAUCACACUAGAGGUAACAUAACAAGAAUAUACAUCUAUCUAUUAAUCACAAUCACAGUUCAGUGUAGGUCUAACCAGAAAGAACAUUCAACUGACUUCAUAAUAACAUUCAGCAGGCCCCUCUCUUAUUUAUUGUAUGUAUCCAGGUGAUAUCAUUGUGAUUAAACAGAAAUCAAUAAUUCAUUACACAUUAUGUAUAAAAUCAACAGUACAGUGGCUCAGUAGACAUAGCUAAGAUAUUGCAAGAUAAAAGCAGAUUUCACUCUCUAAUCGUGGCUGUACAUCUCUUCUUGAGUUUCCUAAAUUCUAGCCAAUCAACUGAAGAGUGAGUAAGUGUAACGUUUGUAGGGGACUAGAAGCUUAUUGGAAAUACAGGAAAAACUGAUAUAAGAAAAAGAAGCCUGGAGGCGAGGCUGAACAAUACAUGAACUAUAUCUGACAUGUAAGACAUCUCUCUCCUAUCCUCUCUGUUCCAGCUUGGCUGCUGAACACUCUGGAGCAGCUGAACACAAACGAGCUGAAGACAUUUAAAAACUACCUGACUAGUGGCCAGCUGCUUGGCUUUCCUCCCAUCCCAGAGAGCCAGCUGGAGAACGCUGACAGACGGGUCACAGUGGGUCAGAUGGAGAAGAGAUACGGCCUUGAGAGUGCUGUGAAGGUCACACUGAGGAUCCUGAGGUGGAUGAAUGAGCAUGAUCUCACAGAGAAGUUACAGAGAGAUCACACAGGUAAAACAGCAAGACCAAUUAAUCUGUUCUUUAAAAGUUACAUUUGUUGUUUAUAGCUACAUUGAGUGAGUAUCUUUCCUUCAUGCAAUGAGAACCCUCAGGCCCUGAGAAAGCUGUGCAGAUCUCACCGGAGAUCCUGAAGAAGAUGACCUGGGAUCUGUCGGAGAAGUUAGAGAGAGAGGUGAGGAGGAGAGGGGAUGUUUGGGUUCACAACAACAAUACCUGGUAAAAGACAUGGAGACAGGCAGACGAACAUUGAGCAACAGAAAGAGACUGUCACCAAAUGAAAUUCUCUGCUAGUUGGCUUUCAUCUAGCAAGGGUUCAAUUGGAGUGAGGAACAAGUCAGAAUACUGACUGACAGCUUUUCUUAUGCCAUGGAGAAGUUAAACUACAGAGAAUGUAGAAUAGUGGACCAGGGCCUGUGUACUACUGACCCUCCUCUGGUAAGACCUUCACUGGAAAGACAGACAGACAGACCAACAGACCAGUUGAAUAUUGAAGCAAUAAGGCCUGAGGGGGUGUGGUAUAUGGCCAAUAUACCACGGCUAAGGGCUGUUCUUAGGCACAAUGCAAUGCAGAGUAAACAGCCUGCAUACAUCCCUUAUCCAUGGUAUAUUGGCCAUAUACCACAAACCCCAGAGGUGCCUUGUUGCUAUUAUAAACUGGUUACCAACGUAAUUAGAACAGUAAAAAUACAUGUUUUGUCAUACCUGUGGUAUAUGGUCUGAUAUACCACGCUGCACAGCUAUUUUCAGGUCUCUCCAGAGAUGUUCGAUCGGGUUCAAGUCCGGGCUCUGUCUGGGCCACUCAACAACUUUCAGAAACUGCGUUGUCUUGGCUGUGUGCUUAGGGUCGUUCUCCUUUUGGAAGGUGAACCUUUACCCCAGUCUGAGGUCCUGAGUGCUCUGGAGCAGGUUUUCAUCAAGGAUCUCUUUGUACUUUGCUCCGCUCACCUUUCCCUCAAACCUGACUAGUGUCCCUGUCCCAGCCACUGAAAAACAUCCCCAUAGCAUGAUGCUUCACCGCGGGGAUGGUGCCAGGUUUCCUCCAGACGUGACGCUUGGCAUUCAGGCUAAAGAGUUCGAUCUUGGUUUCAUCAGGCCAGAGAAUCUUGUUUCUCAUGGUCUAAAAGUAUGUAGUUGCCUUUUGGCAAACUCCAAGCAGGCUGUCAUGUGCCUUUUACUGAGGAGUGGCUUCCGUCUGGCCACUGAUUGGUGGAGUGUUGCAGAGAUGGUUGUCCUUCUGGAAGGUUCUCCCAUCUCCACAGAGGAACUUUAGAGCUCUGUCAGAGUGACAAUUGGGUUCUUGGUCACCUCCCUGACCAAGGACAUUCUCCUCUAUUGCUCAGUUUGGCCGGGCGGCCAGCUCUAGGAAUAGUCUUAGUGGUUCCAAACUUCUUCCAUUUAAGAAUGAUGGAGGCCAAUGUGUUCCUGGGGACCUUCAAUGCUGCAGAAAUGUUUUGGUACCCUUCCACAGAUCUGUGCAUCAACACAAUUCUGUCUCAGAGCUCUACGGACAAUUCCCUCGACCUCAUGGCUUGGUUUUUGCUAUGACAUGCACUGCCAACUGUAGGACCUUGUAUAGACAGCACUGUGCCUUUCCAAAUCACGUCCAAUUAAUUGAAUUUACCACAGCUGGACAAUCAAGUUGUAGAAACAUCUCAAGGAUGAUUCAUGGAAAAUGUACACACUUGAGCUCAAUUUCGAGUCUCAUAGCAAAGGGUCUGAAUACUUAUGUAAAUGUGAUAUUUCAGUUGUUUUAUUUUUUAUUAUUAGCAAAUAUUUCUAUAAACCUGUUUUUGCGUUUACAUUAUGGGACAUUGUGUGUAGUAGAUUGAUGAGGAAAAAAGGUAACUUAAUCCAUUUUAGAAUAAGGCUGUAACGUAACAAAAUGUGGACAAUGGGAAGGGGUCUGAAUUCUUUCUGAAUAGUAUUAUUUAUAUUGUUUAUUUUUUAUAAAAUAUAUAGAUGUAUAAAAUAUUAUAUUUCUUGGAACUUUUGAGUCAAGGAUAUGUUUCUGUUUUAUUUAGUUCAUUUUUUAUUUGUUCCAUUGGUUGUGUGUGUGUGUGUGUGUGUGUGUGUGUGUGUGUGUGUGUGUAGGAGCCAGUAGCUGCUUCUAAGAGGGAACAGAAGCCAGCAGGGGCACAUAACGCCAACCUCCCCAGCACCUCUUCUGGAAUGUCAGUGGAGACUGAGUACAUUAGUCAGAUAUUAAAACUAUGUAGGCACUGGUGAGAUUGAAUAUAUGAGUCUACUGGUAUGGUGCUGGAGAGAUAAUAUACUUUAAAAGAGGUGGAUUUCCUCGUUAACAACUCCAUCAGAAUGUAUAACAUAAUUCUCAUUAUGUGAGUGAAAUGAACGUAGAACAGUGAAGUGACCACAGCAUGUGGUGGUGGUGUAGGGGAACAGAGCAGUGUGUGACUGUUUCCUGUGUCCAGGUGGACCCGGUCUGGAGAGAAGCGUCACCAUCUGGAGAGGCAGAGGGAGGAGCAUAGGGCACUGGGCAUCAAGGUAAGACUAGUAGUCAUAUAAGAAGGGUGAACAAACCACAUAUAGAACACAGUAAUAAACACACAAUGUGAGUGUUAGUGAGAGUGAGAGUGUGAGUGUGAGUGUUAGUGUGAGUGUUAGAGAGUCAGAAUAUGUGUGAGUGUGAGCAGCCUUCAAAUUAUACAUUUGGGAUGUCUCUGUAUUGAGUAAAAACAUGUAUGGGCCUAAUAAUAAAGACUUAAUUUAAAUGUUAAUUACAUUUUUACGUGGCAUGAACACAACCAGUCAUGAUAUUUUCAUCUGAUUGUCAAACAAAUCACUUCAAAAAGUAGACAAGUUUGUCCACUCCAAAAUGAUUCCAGCAUUCAAACUGCAUGUACCUUCUGCUCCCCCUAUGGACAUUUCCACCCACCCUCCUCAACGGACUUCUACUCUGUGCAUUCAAAUUGUCAUCGAAAAAAUGCAAUUGUGUUCGUUGUCCGUAGCUUAUGCCUGCCCAUACCCUAACCCUACCACCACCAUGGGAACUCUGUUCACAACGUUGACAUCAGCAAACCGCUCACCCCCACGACACCAUACUUGUGGUCUGCGGUUGUGAGGCCAGUUGGACAUACUGCAAAAUUCUCUUAAAGGACAUAUUGUAGAGAAAUGAACAUUCACUUCUCACAUUCCUGCAGUCACCAUGCCAAUUGCACAGUCCCCCAAAACUUGACACAUCUUUGGCAUUGUGUUGUGUGACAACAUUGCACAUUUUAGAGUGACCUUUUAUUGUCCCCAACACAAGGUGCACUUGUGUAAAGAUCAUGCUGUUUAAUCAGCUUGAUAUGCCACAUCUCUCAGGUGGAUGGAUUAUCUUGGCAAAGGAGAAACGCUCACUAACAGGGAUGUAGACAAAUUUGUAUGAAAAUUGUGAGAUAAAUAAGCUUUUUGUGCGUAUGGAACAUUUCUGGGAUCUUUUAGUUCAGCUCAUGAAACACUUUACAUGUUGUGCUUAUAUUUUUAUUACUCUGUCUGACUGCUGCUCCCUCUAUGGACAUUUCCCUCUCAACGGUCUUUACUCUUCCCAAUGGACAUUAACUCUGUUUGACUGCUGCUCCCUCUAUGGACAUUUGUGUGUGUGUGUGUGUGUGUGUGUGUGUGUGUGUGUGUGUGUGUGUGUGUGUGUGUGUGUGUGUGUGUGUGUGUGUGUGUGUGUGUGUGUGUGUGUGUGUGUGUGUGUGUGUGUGUGUAGGAGCCGGUUGCUGCUUCUAAGAGGGAACAGAAGCCAGCAGGGGCACAUAACGCCAACCUCCCCAGCACCUCUUCUGGAAUGUCAGUGGAGACUGAGUACAUUAGUCAGAUAUUAAAACUAUGUAGGCACUGGUGAGAUUGAAUAUAUGAGUCUACUGGUAUGGUGCUGGAGAGAUAAUAUACUUUAAAAGCAGUGGAUUUCCCCUUUAACAACUCUAUCAGAAUGUAUAACAUCAUUCUCAUUAAGUGAGUGAAAUGAAUGUAGAACAGUGAAGUGACCACAGCAUGUGGUGGUGGUGUAGGGGAACAGAGCAGUGUGUGACUGUUUCCUGUGUCCAGGUCGACCCGGUCUAGAGAGAAGUGUCUGAAGAGGCAGAGGGAGGAGCCUAUGGCACUGGUCAUCAAGGUAAGCCUAGUAGUCAUAUAAGAAGGGUCAAAUGUCAUUGUGAACUAACCACAUAUGCUGUGCGUGUGUAUGAGAAUGAGGUAUUGAGAGACCAGCAGAAAGAUUCUAGUUUGUCCUACCAAUAUUAAUAUAUUCAUGUUCUUUAUUUUAUAUCAGUAGUCAGUAUUUCUAUUCUCUUCCUUAUAUCUGAUCAUCUUUGUUAUUUUAGAGACCCUCCAUGUUGGAUGUUCCAGCUCUGCUGCUGACCACUCUGGAGGAGUUCACUGAAGAACAGCUGAAGACAUUUCAGUCUAACCUGACUAGCGUCCAGCUGCCUGGCUUUCCUCUCAUCCCAGAGAGCCAGCUGGAGAACACUGACAGACAGGACACAGUGGAUCAGAUGGUGAAGAGAUACGGCCCUGAGAGAGCUGUGAAGAUCACACUGAACACAAUGAGGAAGAUGGACCUGGGUGAUCUUGCUGAGAAGUUAGAGAGAGAUCACAGAGGA